AUGGCCUCCCUUGCGAAAUCGAGCGCGCCGACCUCCCUUCUCUCUUCUCUCACAAUCCGGGCAUGCUGCCUCCAAAGCGCCCUGAAAUCCCUCUGCACGCAAGCGCAAACGAAAACCCGCGCCUUCUCCUCCUCCCCUCAAACCCUCAACUGGCUCUCCCCCAAAGCCGGCGAAUCGAGCAAAUCCCGCAAAGGGCGCCCCAAAGUGCCCACCGGCGGCAGCAUCAAAGGCACGACCCUGGUCUGGGGAGAAUAUGGAAUCCGAUUAAAAGACCACGACCGCCGCAUCAGCGCCGCACAACUCAAAAUCGCCGACGAAACGAUCAAGAAACGCCUGCGAGGAAUGAAAUACCGCCUCUACCACCGCGUCUCCGCGAACAUUGGCGUAUACACGAGCGGGAAUGACCAGCGUAUGGGCAAGGGGAAAGGGUCGUUUGAUCACUGGGCGUGUCGCGUGCCGGUCAGUCGGAUACUGUUUGAGCUGAAGGGGGAGAUUCACGAGCAGGUUGUAAGAGAUGCGUUUCGGUUGGCGGGGAAUAAGUUGCCCGGGUUGUAUGAGUUUGUCAAGAAGGGCGAUCCGCCGGUUAUGGGGAUUACGAAGUUGGGGAAUGGGGUUACGGAGGAGAUGUUGAGACGGCCGAGGAUGAGUGUGCCCGAGCCGAGUUUGCAGGGGGCGGCGGAGAGGUUGCCUGCUACGACGGGAGUGUGA